AUGGAGGGCUUGGGGGCAGCAGCAAGCGCCAUCGCGGUGAUAGAGAUCGCCGCAAAAGUCGGCGACCUCUGCCUACAGUACGUUCGCAAAGUCAAAAACGCCAAGCACGACAUCGAACGGUUUCGACAGCACAUAGAGGAUUUGAAGGCAAUCGCCGAAGGUGCGCAGCGGCUUUUGCAUGGUCCAGAUGGGUCUCGAUUUGAGACCGCGCAAAACCUGCACAGCGCCCUUGCGAACGCCCGCUCGCAGCUCGAUCCCAUUCACACGAGGCUAAAUGGGAAACUGAACAAUGGCCGUACGCAUCGUGCUAUGAGACGUGUGGGUCUGCGCGCCUUGGUAUGGCCGUUCGAAAGCAAAGAGGUCGAGAAAAUCAUCAGCGACCUCCGGCAAAAGCGGGACGCGAUAUCCGCCGCACUCCAACUAAUCUCGGGCAACGGCGCGCUCGCCCUCGACAUCAACCGCAAAAUCGACUUUUCAAAGCUUCCUGUCGCGAAAGGCGCUGCAUUCGAUGCCCAGGCGAACGAACACGACCCUAGCCGCCACCCCAACACUCGCGUGGACCUUCUCGCCGACAUUCACAAAUGGAUCGAGGAUCCCAACGGAAAAUGCAUUUUCUGGCUGCGUGGCAUGGCCGGCACCGGCAAGUCGACCAUCUCUCGAACGGUGGCUAAAAAGCUUUCUGCGGCAAAGGUGCCCCGUGCGAGCUUCUUUUUCAAAAAAGGCGAGGGCGACCGCGGCAGCGCGGCCAUGUUCUUCACCACCAUACUCGCCCAGCUCGUCCACCAGGUGCCGGUCUUGGCAUCACAUGUCCAGAGCGCAAUCGAGAACGAUCCAGCCAUCGUCGACAAGAACAAAAAAGAGCAAUUCGAGAAGCUCCUCCUAGAGCCGCUGGACAAGUGCAAAGGCACCGGUUCCCCGCUGGUUGCUGUGGUGGUGGAUGCGCUUGACGAAUGCGAUCGAGAAGAGGACGCCACCGCCCUCAUCCGCCUUCUCUCCAGAGCUAAGGAGGCGACAUCCGUCCGCCUCCGAUUCUUCGUCACCAGCAGGCCCGAGCUGCCCAUCCGCCUUGGCUUCGGGGACAUCGACGGCAGUUACCAGGACCUCGCCCUCCAUGAGAUUCCCGAGCCCGACAUAAAAAAGGACAUUUCCACGUUUUUGCGGUCGGAACUAGCCGAAGUCCGGCACAAGUUCAACAAGACGGUGCCACCCCCGGGGCUAACGCUAGAUUGGCCCCCACCCGCCAGUUUUGAAGAUCUUGUCAACAUGGCUGUGCCGCUCUUCAUCUUCGCAUCGACGGCUUGCCGCUUCAUUGCCGAUAUCCGCUACGGCAAUCCCGUGGAACAGCUAGACAAAAUUCUCGAGUACAAGACAAAGGGAGGAUGGUCUCAACUUCACGCGACAUACCUGCCAAUUCUGAACCAGCUUCUUCUCAACCGCACGGAUACAGAGUCGGCCGGACGCAUAGAGGAAGAAGCCGAAGUCGUUGCAUGGUUCCGCGACAUCGUUGGAACUAUUGUACUCCUUGCCGAUCCUCUCCCUUCUGCAUCGCUCGCAGGUAUCCUUGGCAGACCCCCGCUCGACGUGGACUCUAAGCUGUGCACAUUGCACUCUGUCCUUAACAUUCCGGAUAACCCCCUGGUCCCUGUCAAACUGCUCCACCUGUCCUUUCGCGACUUCCUUGUCGACCAAAAGAAUCGCGAUGCGAACCCCUUCUGGGUCGACUCGCGAGAAACCCAUAAGCAGCUGGCAAACCGCUGCCUCCAAUUGCUGUCAACCGGCGACACCCUCAGGAAAAACGUUUGCAAUCUGCGUUAUCCCGGCACGCUCCGGCCCGAAAUCAGCCCGCAGAAUAUCAAUACCGCCUUGCCGCCCGAGGUCCAGUAUGCCUGUCGAUACUGGGUCCAUCACUGGAAGGAGAGCAGGCGGCAAAUACGAGAUGGUGAUCCCGUCCACCUCUUUCUGACUAAUUGUCUCCUGUACUGGCUUGAAGCUUUGGGCGUAACGGGGCGAAUCCGGGAAAGUUUUGACAUGGCAAACUGUCUGCUGGAUAUGCUCGAGCCGGAGAACAGCACCGCAAUGUCAGCGUUGCUUCAUGACUUGCAGCGCCUUCUUUUAGCUAAUGCUACUGUUAUCGAUGCAUCGCCUCUCCAGAUCUACCACUCAGCUCUUCAAUUUGCGCCAGAGAGGAGUAUAAUAUGGAGAUUAUGGCCUAUUAAGCUUCCUGCCUGCGUUUCAUUGCUAUCACCAAUAGAUUUGGACUGGAAUGCAUGUUUGCAAACGCUCGAAGGGCACAGCGACUGGGUUAGGUCCGUCGCAUUCUCGCCCGACGGUCAGAGGCUCGCGUCGGCCUCUGACGACCAAACCGUCAAGCUCUGGGACGCGGCCACGGGCGCGUGCCAGACGACGUUCGAGGGGUUAACUUCCGCUGUCUCAUUUGAUGAAACAGGCUCGUACCUCCAUACAGAUUUUGGUACUAAAUUGCUACACAAGCAACCAGCUGCUGGUCCAGCAGCGGUUCAAGCUCAUUUACCACACCAAGAGGGUAUUGGCAUCAGUGCUGAUCGAGCAUGGAUUACCUGGAAUGGAAAGCACUUUUUGUGGCUGCCUACUGAAUACCGUUUGCGCUACUCAAAAGCCAUAAUAAGAUCGUUCCCCUCUACUGAUCGUUGUGACAGUAGAUAUGAGCAGCCAAUUGUAAAUAAAGAAGCUUUGGCUAUAGCGCCUGUUGAUUCGUCAUUGUACAGGCCUGCAGAACGACUGUCACACGGAGGCGACCACUAG